AUAAAAAGAAGCUGCAAAAUUUGCUUUUUGAUGCAUAUGUGACAAAAAAGACAGCAAGCGAUAACUGGGAUGUUUAAAUAAUGCAACAAAAAAAAAUUCACAGUGUGUUCGUCGCAACACAUGGAGGCAUUAUGAGAUUUCUGAAGACAAAUUCAGCGGAACCAUUUACAACACGGGACUAUAUGAAGGAACAGUUCUACAGACAAGCUGCUCAAUAUGCUCAAAAGGGAGAAAAUAUUAUUGUUUUUUCAGUUCCCUACAGAGGAAAAAAUAAAGGCAACCAACCAACAUGCAACGAAUCGAUCGUGAUCAACGCAAGUUCUGCUAUUGUGAAGGAAAAGGUUGUUGCUGCAGUGGCUGGAAUGCAAUUUGAUCAGGAAAAAAUGCAAGAAAUCUUCAAUAACUCUGUUGGCAGCCAGACGGAUUGCCAGGAACCUGAGGUGUCCUGUCGACUGAUUGACGAUGAUGGUUUUAUACUGGCGUCAAUUCAAAAGGACGAGGUUGGAGAGUUCUUUGGCGUACCAGAGGGUGCAGUUUUGAAGUAUUUCCUCAAAGAGGAAAGGUUUAAAGAAUAUAAUUUUAGCAACGUACAAGGAGAGUGCAAAAAACCUCAGAAUACCGCAUCCAGUGCACGGACACUUCUGAAUCCUCUUUUUGCGGUGUCAUCGUAUUUACAGUUCUGGACCCAGACGGUUUUUUGGUCUUUGAUGCAGUUCAACAUGUACAGUUUCUUUUCUCGUGGUAACAUGGCCCUGGCGGAAGAAGAGGAGGAGAUGAAAAUUCCUUGUACGCAAGAACUCAAGUUUUACAAAGGAGUUUCUGCAGAAUCCCUCUCCAAAGACAUGGAUUGUUCAAGUUCCGACCCCGGCAGCUGUACUCGGCUUGUGUAUACGGCUGCUGUUGAGAAAACGAACCUUUGGUUAGUGGUAGUUAAGAAUUCUUGCAAUUGCGGAGACAAUGAGAUAGUAAAACUUACACCGAAGGACUCUGUAUCCAGUGCAACAGAACCAAGGCUUCUGUUCUACAGGAAACCUCCGGAAUUAGAAUCACUUUGCAAAGCUAAAGGAGAGGGCAAACCUCCCUGUGCCUCGGCCAGCCUUUGUUCCGCAUACACGUUCACUCUGCUCAUUCUGCUCGCGUUUUCUCUUCUCAUUCCAACGAAUCAUCAUGGGAGAUGAGUAGCCACACUAAACCGACUUCAAGCGACACCGGGUGGGAUCCCUGUGGUUGAUUGAGCUUAAUUAUCACUUUAGAGUGAAAACAAUUAGCGUUAGACACGUCAAGAAUAAAGUUGAUACUACAGAAGGAGCCAGCUGAUGUCUUGUAAUUCCACCAAAUACUUUUGCCUGGCACAAAGAGCCAUCAGUAUGAAGUGGAUUGGUUGCAAGACUCUCGACGCCUUUGAUUUCCAGGUCUACGAGUGACCCGAAGGGCCUGGAAUUGACUUUAAGUAGAAUAAAGCUAAGCUUGUAAAAGAAAAUUUUUAUCCGAAGUAUUUGUACUUUUUGUUUUGCCUUUCUUGUUUAAUAGGUGAAAAUUUGUAAAUCGCAACACGUAUGCAAAUGAACGAGGAUUUUAUGCCUAGAGCCUUUGUGCCUACAGCGGUCAUGUUACUAUUAUACCUUCUAGAUAAAUUCCUUCUUUUCCACCGAUAGAGAGAAAUAAUGGGGCAAACCUCACUGAUUCGUCGUAACAUUUCGUCUCAGUGCCAUGCCUGUCAUUUGAACUGAUACUUAGAUUAGAAAAUUUCUCAACGGAAGGUAACAACACCAGAAAUACACAUCUGUAAUUGUAAUUUCUUGUCUCAGUCCAUGGCAAUCGUGGAAUUUGGUGGUUUUCACAUGGUUUUUGUGCUUUAACUAUUGUGUUUUGAUGAAAAAGUACGUGGCCAUAAUACAAUUACAUUACAGAUAGUAAGGGUUGUCUUUUUGUUUGUGUUCAAUUCUAUAGAUAAUUAAUUUAUGGUGACGGAUUCCUACGUCAAUUGCCCGAUUUUGCCUUUAAUAGUUACACUAUGAUGUUGGUCGAACCUUUCAAACAACUUGAGCACGUGUUGGUUUCGUUUGUAAACUUAAAGAAUUGUGUGUACUAGUAAGUCUUCUUUAUUAAUAGUGCAAUGUUACGAACAGCAUACAACCCAAAGUUUACAUUGUUCGUCAAUAAAAUCUACAUCUACUAAAGA